UCCAUUUCUCUCCCAAAAAAAAAAAAAAAAAAAAGAAGUUAUUUUUCUGGAUUUAGAUGCAGGGAAAUAUAGAGAGGGACGGACAAGAGUGUGAGACGGCGAGUAGUAUUUGUAGUAAAUGGUUGUGUCUGUGUGCCAUACAACAUAUGCGCAUAGCGGCAUAGCAGUUGGUCCAUCUUGGACCCGCUUCGCUGCAUCUUACAAAUUAACACGUUUCGUAACUGAUUCAUGGGAAUCCAAACCUCCGAACCGUAUAUUUUUUCUUGGGAUGGGUUUCGUCGGCCAGUUCUUUGCGCAAGAGCUCAAGAACCAAGGAUGGGCUGUCUCUGGAACUAGUACGAGCAUUUUGAAGAAGAAGAAACUUGAAGAUAGUGGAUAUGAUGUUUUCCAUUUUGAUGCAAAUGAACCAGAAACAAGCAUCCUUGAAGUUCUGAAAUAUCACACACACAUGAUUGUUUCUAUCCCUCCUCUUGUGGGUAUUGGUGAUCCGAUGCUUCAUCAUGAAAACCUUCUAAGGAGUAUACUUAUGGAUGGAAAUCUACAGUGGCUCUGCUAUUUGUCAUCGACCAGUGUAUAUGGAAAUUGUGGUGGUGAAUGGGUCGAUGAGGACUCUCCUACUAACCCCUCAGGUGAGUUGGCUAAAUUGAGGUUAGCCGCUGAGAAGGGAUGGUUUUCACUUGGCCAUUAUCUUGGGAUUUCAGCAAAUGUUUUUCGGCUUGGAGGCAUCUAUGGUCCCGGUAGAAGUGCAGUUGAUACGAUAAUCAAGCAAGAAGCCUUGUCAAAAAGUCAGAGAUUGAGAGUACGUAAACAGUACACGUCAAGAGUUCAUGUACAGGACAUCUGUCAGGCCCUUAAGGCCAGUAUUUGUGCAUCUACCCACAGAGAAUUGUAUAAUAUCGUUGAUGAUGAUCCAGCCCCUAGGGAAGAAGUAUUUGCAUAUGCACGGAACUUGAUAGAGAAAAAGUGGCCCGGCCAACUCAAACAGUUUUCCAAUCAAGAUGAAUCUUUGGUUACUGUCAAGAAAGAAGGUGUACUUGGUGAGAAGCGAGUUUCUAAUGCCCAGAUGAAGAAGGAACUAGGAGUGAGGCUUCUUCAUCCUAGCUAUAAGUCAGGAUUGCAGAGCAUUGUUGAUCAAAUGGAGAACCCUUUUCAAUACAGUGCAUACAGUUCAUGAUUAAUGAAACCAUCAAAACAUCUAGAUUAAAGAUCGAAUUAUUUCAGAAGCUGCAGUUCCAUUUAAUCGUGGAGAAUAGGCACGUUAUUUAUUUAUUUAUUUAUUUUUCUGGAUUUCUUGGUAUGCUUUUUAUGUUGUUGCAAUACAAGUGCCUCGUAAAUGUAAAUGAAAAUUGUACUUCAUUUUGUCUACAACAUUUUGUUGUCCGUACGAUGCGAUACGUGUGGGCGUCUCAAAAUGUCUUAAAUGCGUUGUUCACAAUUUGGCAAAUAAAAAUCAUGGUAUACAGGCCUUUUGUUUA